AUGGGUUCCUGUUUCAGCUCGGAGUCCGCGGGGGACCAGGACCAGAAGAAGCGAAGCCAAGUGAUCGACCGCAAGCUAGAAGAGGAUUCCCGGCGACUACGAAGAGAAUGCAAGAUUCUGCUGUUGGGAUCCGGAGAAAGUGGCAAGUCAACGAUCGUGAAACAGAUGAAGAUUAUCCACCAAAAUGGCUACACCGCGGAAGAACUUGCGCUCUAUCGAUUGACCAUUUACAAGAACCUCCUGGAUUGCGCCAAAGCCCUCAUCGGAGCUUAUCACUAUCUCCAACUCGAACCGUCCAGCCAAAAAGUGCAGGACUAUAUCACUUUCCUCGAGGAGUACAAUGUUGACCCGGAUCCCAACACCGCGCUCGACUCCAAGAUUGGUGAUGCGAUCACGUAUCUCUGGAACGACCCUUGUACAUCAACGGUCCUGGAACAUCAGAAUGAAUUCUAUCUGAUGGACUCGGCGCCAUAUUUCUUCGAUGAGGCAAAGCGAAUAACGUCCCCCAACUACGUCCCGGAUGUGUCAGAUGUGCUUAGGGCAAGAACGAAGACCACCGGUAUCUAUGAGACCCGAUUCACAAUGGGCCAGUUGAGCAUACACAUGUUUGAUGUGGGCGGCCAGCGCAGUGAGCGAAAGAAGUGGAUCCAUUGCUUCGAAAAUGUGACAUCCAUCAUCUUUUGCGUAGCGCUCAGCGAAUAUGAUCAAGUACUACUGGAAGAAAGCAAUCAGAACCGAAUGAUGGAAAGUUUAGUUCUCUUCGACUCAGUGGUCAACUCCCGGUGGUUCAUGCGAACAAGUAUCAUCCUCUUCUUGAACAAAGUAGAUUUGUUCCGCUUGAAGCUGCCCCGCUCACCGUUGAGCAACUACUUCCCCGAUUACUCAGGCGGCAAUGACGUGCACCGUGCCGCUAAGUACCUCCUAUGGCGGUUCAAUCAAGUGAAUCGAGCUCACUUGAACCUAUACCCACAUCUCACCCAAGCGACUGAUACUUCGAAUAUCCGCCUCGUCUUUGCAGCAGUCAAAGAGACUAUUCUGCAAAAUGCCUUGAAAGACUCAGGCAUUCUAUAG